AUGACGAUUGUGGUUCUGCCCUCUGGCCAUUCGCCUGUCAACCCGUCAGUCGGCACGACAGGUGUAACUCUCCAAGUAGACUCGAUCCGAUCGCACCGGUCGGAAACCGGUUCCCUCUGGCGGCACUUCUUCGGUCGUCGUCACCGGCGCUCGGUCGAUAGGCGGUCAUUCGACGACGACGUCAACGUACAGAAAGGUGCAUGCACGGUUUUCUGCGUUCCUUCGUUGAUCUUGCGCCAGGUGGCCGGAUCGGAGUGUAAACCAUCAUCGCCGCCGUCGCCACCUCCUCUGACGACGCAUGUAGUUUUCGCCGCCGGCUUUCCCUCCCUCACCUCUCGUUGCUGGCUGUCGGUCAAUAUCUCGACUUACCAUGCCACGUUGGUCAGAGCGGAACCCUGUGCACAAGCAUGA